CACACACACACACGCACACGCGCGCACACUUCCUCCUGUCUGUCGCUGGUAAUCCGCCUCUUUGCGGUCACCAUGGCGGAAAUCAAAACGGGAAUAUUCGCUAAAAACGUGCAGAAAAGGCUGAACCGAGCGCAGGAGAAGGUGCUGCAGAAGCUGGGAAAAGCAGACGAGACCAAAGAUGAGCAGUUUGAACAAGUUGUUACUAACUUCAGGAGUCAAGAGUCUGAAGGCUCUCGGCUCCAGAGGGAGAUGAAGGCCUACUUGUCUGCUAUUAAAGGGAUGCAGCAGGCCUCCAUCAACCUGGCCCAAUCACUGCACGAAGUCUAUGAACCAGACUGGCAUGGAAAAGAUGAUGUCAUGACCAUUGGGAAGGACUGUGAUGCAUUGUGGGAAGACUUCCAUAACAAACUGGUGGACUCGACACUGCUCGACCUGGACGCCUAUCUGCAACAGUUCCCAGACCUCAAAACUCGUGUGGCCAAAAGAAGUCGAAAACUCAUUGACUAUGACAGUGCUCGUCAUCAUGUUGAAACUCUGCAGGCAUCUGGGAUGAAGAAUGACCGCAAGAUGAUGAAGGCAGAAGAAGAGUUGAAAAAGGCUCAGAAAGUUUUUGAUGAGCUGAACGUUGGACUGCAGGAUGAGCUGCCAGCUCUCUGGGACAGCCGAGUUGGCUUCUACAUCGGCACCUACAAGAGUGUUACAAGUCUGGAGGCCAUGUUUCACCGUGAGAUUUCUCUGGUGUGCAGGCAACUGUAUGAGGUGAUGACCAAACUGGGUGAGCAGCACUCAGAUAAAAUGUUCACCAUCCAAGGAGCCCCAAGUGAUUCAGGACCACUACGACUAGCGAGAACCCCAUCACCACCAGAAGAUGAGAGUCCACCUGAGAGUCCAGAUGCUAGCUCCAAUCAUAUGCUUCGGCCUGUCUCACCUGGACCACCACGGCCCAAAUCACCCACACAGUUUAAAAAGGGGCCGCCGGUGCCUCCACCACCAAAGGUCACACCUACCAAGGAGGUGGUGGAGGAGCAGAUCAUCGACCUGUUUGGAGGAGAAUUUCUACCAGCACCUUCUCCAUCACAGCCCAAUGAACGACCUGGAGAAUUUCUCCUCGACCUGGACUUUGAUGCCUUUCAGCCAGAUGAAAGUGUUUCGCCAAUACCACAGACAGCUGUACCUUGGGAUGUAUGGUCGGCAAAUGCCCAAACAGCUCAGACGGAGGCUGCAGAUGUCGGUUUUGUUGCUGACUGGUCGGCUGACUUUGGUUCAUUAUCAGCAAGUGGAGAUUCAGCUUCUGGAACCGAAGCCCCUCCUGCUGGGCCAGAGGGAGCACAGAGUGGGGCUCAGGACUGGCAGUCAGGUGGCGACACAGAGAAUUCUCUUCCAGACAGCAAUGCAACUGUAGGAGCUGAAGACAAGGAUGCUACAGCCCCAACAUUUUUUGCCAACUUUGAUAAGAUGAAUGAAAUUAACACUGAAUCAACUGAGGCUCCUGAAAUCUCAGCGAUACAAGAUCCUGCCCUGACAGAACCUGCAAAGGAGCAAGAUAAACCUGUUAUUGAAGAACCAGGACUUCCCCCUCCUGGAGGAGUGGUGGAAGAGCAUCCAGCUUCUCCUGCACAUGAGGUGGUGGAGGAAUCUGCAGCCCCCCCUGCUGGUGACGAAGAUGUAACCGAAAGUUCUGGCACACCAAAGGAAGACAAGCCUGCUGAAAAGAUGCCGAUCCCAUCCGUAGUGAUUGAACCUGCCUCCAGUAAUGAAGGUGAUGAUGACCGUGAUGCUGACAUAAUCUCUCCCACCACCAUCAGUGAUAAUGAUGUGACAGGUGAUAACCAUACCAUGAAACACAUGAGUCCAUCAGUUGGAGUGUCGGGAUUACCUGAUGACUUUUUGUACAAGGUUAAAACGAUGCAUGACUUUGAGGCUGCAAAUCCUGAUGAGCUUGAACUGAAGCGUGGUGAUGUGGUGUUGGUGGUUCCAACUGUUUCAGUAGAGGAUCAGGAUGCUGGCUGGCUCACAGGGAUCAAAGAAAGUGACUGGCUAAGACUUGGAGCUGGUGCUCAAAAAGGACUUUUCCCAGACAAUUUUACCCAGCAUUUGGAGUAAGAAAGUCAGUGUAGCUGGUAGAAAAUAUGAGCAAAAGAAAAAUAUAUUGAUGUGGAAGAUGUUCAAUCAGCAUGUAGCCAACCCUUUUCCUGAGAAAAAUCCUCAUCUGGCACAACUAUGAGCUGAACAACACAAUGCAUUGUCUGGCAGAUUAAAUUCUCCAAUGUCCUUACAAUAAAAGUCAUAGUAAUAAUUACUAAUACUAUUGCCAGCACAAGUGACAUUAAAUUAAAAUUUCUGUAACAAAGAACUGCCUAAUUUACUGGGCAUGCUGCAAUGUCUUCAUGUUAAUAUUUACAAAAAGCAAGACAAGAAGAAAAAAAACUGAUAAAGUUAAGUUGCACUUUCUUUAAAACAAGCAUAUUGUACCGAUAUAAUUGCUCUGAUGUGGAAUAUACCUGAGCUGUAGUGUUGUGAUCGAUUUAAAUGUUAUUGAGUGUAACAUGAAACUGUUGUUUCCUGCUUUUUUCAGACAUUAGUUUCCUUUGAAUCAUGGUUAGAUCAUUUCUGUAAUAUCAAGGUUGAGUGUGUAGUGAUCUUUGGUGUAUGAGAAGAUUAAUUACUGAUGAAUCUUUUAUUUUUUCCAAAUGAAUAUUGACAUAUAUAAUGUGAGCACUGGACAACAGUUCCAAUAUAAAAGUUAUUCACCAUUAAAGUAGAAAUGUACAUUAGUAUGUUGUGUCUUCUAAAAAUUGCAAUUUCAAGAAACCGAGCCAAGCAGAAAACAGUUUGAACUCAUCUGCUAUUUAUGUGUGAAAGUAUGAUGACAGGGAAAAGUAUAAACAAAUACAAUAUGCAAUUUAUGUUGGUGUAUUUCAGGUGUCUGUGUUCCAACACUUUGUAGAUCAACAAAUAUGUCAUUUCUUGUAUUAGUGAAGUUAAACCUCUGUGUAGAUGUAUUUGUGAUGUAAAUACCAUAAACAUUUGUGUAAGGUCAAUAAAUAAGAACUAAUACGGUA